UACCUUCCGGGGCGCCGGGCGGGUUCCGGGGCGGGAGGUGGCUGCCGGCCCGGCCGUGGCUGUGCGGGAGAGCGGCGGCUCCGGCGGACGGAGCCCCGCGGGCACCAUGAGCGGUUCACAGACCAAUGACACCAAAAGACAAUUUCUUCUAGAACGGCUACUGGAUGCAGUUAAACAGUGUCAAAUACGGUUUGGAGGAAGAAAAGAAAUUGCUUCAGACUCUGACAGCAGGGUGACCUGUUUGUGUGCUCAGUUUGAAGCUGUGUUCCAGCAUGGCCUGAGGAGGAGCCGGGGAUUAGCACUGACAGCAGCAGCAAUCAAACAGGCAGCAGGUUUCUCCAGCAAAACUGAAACAGAGCCAGUGUUCUGGUAUUAUGUGAAAGAAGUCCUGAACAAACACGAGCUGCAGCGCUUCUACUCUCUGAGGGCCAUCACUACAGACAUUGGCAGAGCCCGGGCCUGGCUGCGCUGUGCAUUGAAUGAACAUUCCCUGGAAAGAUAUGUUCAUAUGCUGCUUGCAGAUAAGAAUCGCCUCAGUGUCUUCUAUGAAGACUGGUCUUUUAUGAUGGAUGAAGAACGUUCUAGUAUGAUCCCUACAAUGGCAGCUGGUCUGAACUCCAUUCUUUUUGCUAUCAACAUUGAUAAUAAGGAUUUAAAUGGACAGAGCAAAUGCACACCCACUGUGUCAGAUUUGUUAAAGGAAUCCACACAAAAUGUAACAUCCUUAUUGAAAGAGUCCACUCAGGGUGUCAGCAGCCUCCUCCGGGAGAUCACUGCCUCAUCUGCGGUCUCGAUUCUCAUAAAACCCGACCAGGACUCUGACCCGCUGCCUGUUCUGUCAAGGAAUGUAAAUGCUGAUGUGAAAUACAAAAAAGAUCGAAAAAAGAAGAAGAGAGUGACUAAUAUUAUCUCAUUUGAUGAAGAGGAAGAUGAGCAAAACUUGGGAGAUGGCACAAAGACUCUGAUUACAGGAGAAAGUUCAGAAGAGAGUGUAGACAGAUCUUCAGUUCUUGCAUUAUCCUCUUCUGAGAGCACUCUUGGUAAAAAUCUGAAUGGGAGUGAAAGUAACCAUUCGUGGAAGAGCAAUUCAGUAUUCAUGAAUGGAGAGUAUGAAUACCAGAAACUGGAUGUGAAGAGCAUUGAUGAUGAAGAUGCAGAUGAGGAUGAGCUGUAUGGAAAAACAUUAGGAAAUAAAGGCACAGAAGGUGAAACUGAAGCUUCUGGAAAACCUCAUGAAAUAGUCACAUGCAAUUCUCAGAUAUGCAGUUGGACUCCUCUGCAGGUCCUGAAUGAUGACUCAGAUGUUCUAUUUCCUGUCAGUGCUGUUGGCUCUUACUCCCAGACAGAUAACUUGGAGAAUGGAGAGGGGCCUGAACAUGCUGUUCAUCCGGUAGAACUGGUUCCAAGAAGAUCUGAUCUUCCUUACAGAGUGGAAGUCAGUCCUCCAGCUCAAGUGAAUACUUUAAGCAGUAUGUUGCCUUCAGCCACUGUGCCAGAAUCCAUGACAAUUAAUGAACUUCGUCAAGCUAUCGUGGCCAUGAUGAAUAGAAAGGAUGAACUGGAAGAGCAGAAUAGGUCCCUGCGAAAUCUGCUGGAUGCAGAGAUGGAGCAUUCUGCAGCACUGAGGCAGGAGAUGGAGAACUGCAGAAGGAAGGUGGCAGAACAGGAGGAGCGACAUGCCACAAAAGUCCAAGCCUUGGCACGAGAAAAUGAGGUGCUAAAAGUGCAACUUAAGAAGUACGUAGGAGCUGUCCAGAUGCUCAGAAGAGAAGGUCAAACAGUGGAAGUUCUGCCAAACAUUUGGAGCACUGAUGGUGAAUUUACAAUUCCAGAGCAAAAGCAAGUAGAAAACAAUGAGGAACUGGCCAGCUCUUACGAAAGGAAAUUGAUUGAGGUGGCUGAAAUGCAUGGGGAGCUGAUUGAAUUCAAUGAGAGGCUGCAUCGUGCUUUGAUGGCCAAGGAAGCUCUGGUGUCCCAGAUGAGACAAGAACUAAUUGAUCUGAGAGGGCCGGUCCCUGGAGAUCUGAGUCAAACAUCUGAAGAUCAGAGUUUGUCAGAUUUUGAAAUAUCAAAUCGUGCUCUUAUUAAUGUUUGGAUUCCCUCAGUCUUUCUGCGUGGAAAAGCUGCCAAUGCAUUCCAUGUUUAUCAGGUUUAUAUCAGGAUAAAGGAUGAUGAGUGGAAUGUCUAUCGAAGGUACGCGGAGUUCAGGAGCUUGCAUCAUAAAUUACAGAAUAAAUACCAGCAAGUGAGGACUUUUAACUUCCCACCAAAAAAGGCCAUUGGAAACAAGGAUGCAAAGUUUGUAGAAGAGAGACGCAAGCAGCUACAAAAUUACCUAAGGAAUGUAAUGAACAAAAUUAUUCAAACUGUGCCAGAAUUCACAGCCAAUCCCAAAAAAGAGACACUUAUUCAGCUGAUGCCCUUUUUUGUAAGUGCCAAGUAUGGGGACCUGCACAGGACAAGAUUAAAAUCACAAUCCAUGUAAUGCAUUCUACCACUGCUGCACAAGUCUGAGUGAACACCAUUUCCCUCUCAUAAAACCCUCCAACUCUAUUUCUUCUAAUAAAUGUAAUGUAGGGAGAGAUUCAGUUAAUUUCAGAAAGAGCAAAGUUUUAUUGAGAAGACAGCAUGUUUAAGUUCCAAUAUUCAAUGGGUACAAUUUAGUUAGUAAAGCAUUGUGAUACAAAAUAAUGCAGUUAUCUCUAAGGAGAGAGAUUUGCUGAAGGAAAUUGGCCAACACCAUUUAUGAUCUGUUCCUAAACAGCACUGUGAUGCACUGCACUGGUGCUAACCCUGCUUUGGGUGUGCCACAGGUGGCAAAAAAUCUGCUUAUUUUUAGAGGGGUUUUUUUUGCAUUUGGCAAUUUCAUAACUCUUAACACAUUGCAUGAGACAAUGGACUGGAAUGUUCUGUGAUAUCUGGACAUUAUGGCAAAGAGAUUCUGUUCAUAUAUGUACCUGUGAAUUAUUUCCUGAGAACUUUUUGUUAUAUAACAGAUGUAUCAGCUUUCUCUCUUGGCUAGAGUAGAUAGUUCUCUCUGGGAAUACUAGUGAGAUUCUGGAAAAAUUCAGCUGUUGAGCAAAAUAACUAUAUUCCUCACAGACAGCAGCAGACAAAAUAGCUUUUUAAUGCAUUUUACUACUGACAUAUCAGACUCUUCUGCAGCUAAAGCAGCAGCAUUAAAUUAAUAAAAAGAACUUUUCUAGAAUGUGCUCCUUCUAUCAGUGUCUGAAAGUGCCAUCAUUUCUAGGCUAUCAUUUGAACUCUCUAUGGCCUUUAUUAUUUGAGAGUCAUGACCUGGCACUGUUGGUGAUUUAAAAAGCAUCUGAAAGAAAAUGCAUUUCAGUUCCACUUCAGAUUGCCAACUUCUCCAGUAUUAUCCUUCCAUAAUGGAUUUUGAGCUUCAUCAACAGGAGACCUUAAAUAUCUUGGAGUCUGUGAAUUGUGUAUUGCAUUCAUCAGUUGUAACCUUUGUACUGUACCUUCAAUUCUUCUGUUCUGUUAAGUUUAAUAAUAUUUUACUAUAAAACACUGUAAAUACACGCAAAAAUUCUGAUAUAUUUAAUUUUUCCUCUGUAGCACAAAUGUAUGUACAGUUGGUUGCAUCUUUAUCAAUGAAAGAGUAUUUGCAAAACAUUGAGGUAUUAGUCCUAGGACUGUGCAAUAGAGAGUAGUGAUAUUUCAGUGUAGGGGAAAAAAUUACAGUCUUGAUAUGCAUAAAAAAUCUCCAGAGCAUUAGAUCUGUCUGUUUAGGAAGCAAUGAAAUAUAUAAAAAAAAAUCUUAAAAGGGUUUCUUCUCACUGCAAAAUUAAGUGACCAGGCUUCAGUGUGAAAAUGAAAAAUCCCAUAAAGCUUAUGUCUGAUUAUGCAUCCUGUAGAUAGAAAUUCCAGGGUCAGUCUUAAUUAAACACUUUAAAGACCUGGUUGUGGUCCUAGAAUAUGAUUAUGGUGAACAGAACAUAUGAUUAAUAUCUCUAAGACUGAAUCCACUGUUAAUUUAAUGCCAGAAUGAAUAUUGCCUAAAAUUUUUAACGUGAGUUUGUUCCUUUGGGAAUUCCUCCCUUCCAAGUGCUGUGGUUCCAUACAAUCAGGCACAGAUCUGACGAGGCAAAACAUUUAAAUUGAUCUGUAUGAAACAGCCUGCUACUCUUACAGAGGAAGAAAUUGCUUUUAUUUUGAAACUCAUCUAACAGUUUACAGUACAACAGUGUGAAUGAGUUUGCUACAUUUCUUCCCAUUAUGGUAUCAAAUGCUAGUGGUUACUUGUGGACGUGAAUCUUGUUCUGAAUCCUUGUGCUGUGAACUGUCAUGAAUGUAUUUUUUCUUUCAUCGGUCUCCACCACUUGUAAUCUCAGUUUGUAUCUUUUUCAGUUUUGAUACGGCAUUAGCUCAGUCACAGGAUUGGUCAAAGAGUUUCCUUUACAGACCACUUUCAUGUCUUAAUGUAAAAAAUAGAUUCUGGCUCUGCUAAUUUGUCUGUUUACAUGCUGAAUAAAAAAUUCUUUGCAGUAAUAAAAUUGACAUCACAAGAUCAAUUUUCCAGUCCAUGUGGAGCAGAACCUAAAUCAAGAAUUGGCACUGCUGAAUUAGAUUGCUACAUCUGCUAACUGGUGAAGGCCUGUCUGCUAAUGCUUACUUAAAUGAACAUUUAUUUGCACUUAUGACUGGUUCAUUAUGGAUAAACAAAGCUUGUUAUAACAAGUACACUUGUGGUUUAAUCACAAUUUUAUCAAUAUGAAAAAUGAUCACACACACUUAGCUCUUUGUAAAUAUAUACAUAUGAAACCAGGAGGGAUCUUUGGCAACAAGAAUCACAAUUUUUUGGACCAUAUAAUUGAGACUUUCAAUAUAAAUCAACAUAUAGGUUAUAUGAUUUCAAGUAUGUAAGAAGCAAAAAGAGCAGUAAAUAGUUGUGAAAAGAAACUCUAAAAUGCUGUGAUGGUCCAACUUUCUGUCUCUGGUUUCUGUUUCAAUUGUCCUCAUUUUUUAAAAGAGAUUUUCUUUCCACAAUCCUCAUAAUGAGCACAAAGUGAAAUGCAAAGGACAAACUGAAAUGCAAGAAAAAUAAUAACCCCCCUUUUUUUUCCACUGGGAGGGUGAUGGAACCCUCUAGCAGUUUGCCCAGAGGUUGCUGACGCUCCAUGCUUGGAUUUGACAGGACACAGCCAUGGGCAGCCUUGUGGGGAUUGAUUCACUUAUCUCUGGAGGCGCCUUCCAACCUCUAAUAGUCUGUAAAUCUGGAAUAUAAUCUUGAGUUGUGUUUUAUAUCCACCCCACACAAAGAAGUGUUGGCUAAGUUACAGCUGGUCACACAAUGUUACCUGUGAGCAAAACAAAGUCUGAGCAUGGGAAACUCCUACAACACGGACUCCAGUUUGUAGCUAUGCAGAGCUGUUCAGUAAGAAUAGUGCCACUUCGUUGGUUCCUUUGCAUUGGCAGUGCAAAUGUUUGGAUUAAAAUACAUGCAGGAAUGAUAUAAACACAAUUUUGUGAAUAUUUUCGCAGACUGCUCUUCUAAGUACUUUUCUAUCUCAUAUUUUAGGCCGCAGGUACGUGCUACGAUAGUUCCUAGGUAACAAUUUUAUGUUCUGCUGAGCUGCAAAGCUGGACAUUUAUUCUCUUGUGGGAGCUGCUCAAAUAUAUGCUUUAACAAAAGCAGGGAAUCUGCUCAGUAAAUCAUCAGCAGGUUCUGUUGUCUGCGGGAUGUGUUUGAACACCAAAGGAGUCAUCAGUUCUUCGUGAUGAUUAGAGGAUUGUAAUUUUCAAAAAAUAUGUUGUCUUCAUUUCCCGUGGGUGACAUUACUGGCAGUAUAUUUGAUAGCAGAAGUUGUGUUCUUAGGUGUUUUGUGUCAGUUGUCUUUGAGUCACCAAGUUAAAUUGUAAUAAAAAAAAAUCACUAUUUCUACAUCUUUCUCAUUUUGUAAAAUACUUCCACCCUCCUGGAAGGUAAAAUUAUGAGAAAUGUGAUAGAGAGAGACAGAUAGGCAAAUUUCAGUGCCAACCAAUCAGCCACUCAAAAAAGGAAUGUCAUCCUGGGAAUACUCUCAGAUUUAUUUAGCACUGAACAGCGUUUAAAGCCAAGUAUCUGCUUCUGGUCUUGCAGACAACAAAGUUAAAAUACUGUGGAAGAAUAGAUGUUUGUUCUCAAAGAAUUGAAGAAUUUUGGUUUAGUUUGUAUUUGGCAGUUUUCUCAUCUCUGAUUCAGUUGCAGUGUGGCAUUGAGAACUUCUAAACGUGUAUAUUAGAGGUAUGAGAGGCAAAAAGAAUAUUAACUUCUCUACAAUAACAUUGCUAGUAUUAAAAUGUUGCUGUCAUGUAGAAAUGAAAUAAAUCUUCUAGGAAAGUUACUGUGAUGUACCUGUAAGUGUAUUUCUGCGUUCAUUUUAAAGAAAUUGACAAUUAACCCUUUCAAAGUUAGUUCUGAGAUACUUUAGAAGGAUAAAAACAUUUUCUCAGACUCAACGUUAACUACAGAUUGAUGCAACAAUGAUAUUUCAUUCAGUAACUGCAUCCCCAUAAGGGAUAGGUCCAUAUACAGCAGAUAUGGCACAGAACCAAAACCUUCUCACAGAAACAUGAAUAUUAUUUAAAAUAAGAUUCUUGAAUGCAGACAUGAAUAUAUUUGCAUAUGAAGAUAGAGGUGCCACCGUUCUGCUGUUAUUACAUCUUCAGAUAAACAAUAAAAUGAAAAACAAACAAGCAAUCCCUGAAAUGCUGUAAAACAAUAUUGAAGCAAAGUAAGGAAGUUUUAAAUACAAUUUUGAAUCAGUUGAUUUCUCAAAAACUGCAUUGGUGAUGACAUGGCACUUCUUAAAGCUGUCAGGGAGCAUAUCUGUGCCUUCUACUAGAAUAAAUGGCAGCACUCAGCUAAAGCACCUAAAGUGUUGUGGCCAGGUUUGUGCUGGAUUGCACCCCUGAGGUGGCAGCCUGUGUCAUCAACUUGGCACUGCAUGGCUUCAGGAUCUCCUUACCAGAUCCCAGGUAUGUUGUGUACCAGGAAUAAGCACUCUGAUAGAAUAUAGUAAGCACUCCGGAAUAAAAUUUAAAUGAACAAACUGGAAAUAGCAUUUGCUUAAAUAUGGGACUUUUAAUUAGUAAAGCACCUUCUAAUGCCCGAAACAUGCUAAUGAAACUAAUUUAUUGCUAUGUCAAUUGAUUGGUCUAAUGUGGAGACAUUACACAAUAUUUAUCUUUCAGAAGAACUGUGUUGCCAAGCACUGAUGAUUGUUGAAGUAAAAAUAUCUUAGAUAUCUACAAUUUCAUUAUCAUGUUCAGUUAAUGCAGGAAGUUUCAGUGCAAAAAUGUGAAAGUCUUUUGUGGAAUUUUUGUUGAUGAUAGAAUUAAAAUACUUGAAUUUGAGUGGAUUGUUUUUAACAAACAUGGAGUUGUCUCACUGUUAUUCUUGGGUUCUGCAUUCCUCACUUUGUUACUGACAGUUUUGGUUUUAGUCUUUCAUAACCUAUGAUGCUUGACAUCAGACUUAAAAAAAGCAUCAUGCUUGUUUUGAUCUAAGUGAAAUGUGAAGAAGUAGGACAAAAAUCGUUUGGUCAAAGUAUAUGAAAAUUCAAACUUUCAUCUCUUUCCCUUCUGCAAGAAUUGCCUGUUACAUUGUGUUUUACGUUUUUGCACAUGCUGACAUUGAAGAUGUGUAUUACAUGGCAUUCUUCAAAUGUCUUAAAUUUUUCCUUUCCCUGCUCUGGGUAGUUGAAAGGGUUUAUGAAUGUUAGAGGGAAAAGAAGAAAGAAAACAAUACAUCAGGAGGAAUAGAAACAGUGGUAAAGUGGGCAAGAAAAUGCAGGAAGAAAGAGACAUGGGAUGCUUCAUGUUAAAAGCAAGAUGGGUUGAAUACAGUAAGGAACUAUGGAUAAUACUGGUACUUUAGGCUUACUAGAUGCACUUGGCUUUAUAUGGCUGGUUUUACCCAAACAUAUGAAGAUGUUAUGAUUGUAGGUUUUCAUUUUACAUCUGGGCUUUGACAGGUGAUUUGUGAAAUAAUUAAAGCUUUGUAUAGGACAUCAAAGUCUGACACACAUUCCCAUUGAUUAUUCAAAUCUGUCAGGGAGCACUUAGUGCAACUCUGUUGCUCCUUUGCACAGGGUAAAGAGCUGUCCUGCAUCCUCUGAUUUCAUUCAGACCAAAGGUUUGCAAAAUUAUUUCUUAAUUUCUGUUGUUUCUUGAUUUCUUACCAGUGGUUUGUCUUUUUAAAUGGUCAGAAUAGGUGCUAAAAUCUAUGACCUGAGCUAGGGAAGGAUAGUUAUCAUGGCAAUACCAUUAGCAGCAUUCACAGGCUUCAGACAGUUGCUGUAGAUGGAACUAUAUUCCAAAUACCCAUCAGCACUUAAGAUAUUUGCUGAUUUCAACUUGGUUCUGCUGUUAGUAGUUUUAUGGACCUUAGCAGUCAACUAACUGCUCACUGGAGUUUAAAUGACAUUUUAAAAUCAGGAAGAAUAUUCUGCAGAGUCCCUAAUGAUUUACACAUAUAUAUAUAAUUACCAACAAGAAACACCUUUUGUGCAAAAACAUUGUAAUCCUUUACAUGUCAGAUAAAAAUUAAAUAAAGUGAAAAUUUGGAAUCAGAAUAUAUG